AUGAUCGAACAGUUUCUCAGUGGACCAAACGGCCUACGGGCAGGCGGACAACACGGCAGUGGCUUUGCAUGGGUUGUCGACACUAAUAUCAUGCGCCAGGCUGUGUUGGAGCUCAGUACGGCUGAAGUCACCGAAUCGCUAAAUGCUGCUGCAUCAACGACCUCACAUGAUGAAUCAGGCAAAUUCUCUCUGCCUAACAGACCUAUUCUCGCCUCUUCUUGUCCAGGGUGGAUAUGCUAUGCGGAGAAAACCCAUCCGCACGUUCUACCUCAUCUAUCACGCUUGAAGUCUCCUCAGGCCUUGACGGGGACUUUCCUCAAGACCAUAAUAAGCAAGAAGCUCAAUAUAUCACCGUCUCAAGUAUGGCAUCUUGCGAUAAUGCCUUGUUUCGACAAGAAGCUUGAGGCAAGCCGACAAGAAUUAACGGAUGUUUCUUGGAGAGGGGAAGCAUUAGACAUGGCCAGUUCCCCUAUCAGAGACGUCGACUGUGUCAUUACCUCCAAGGAAUUGCUUAUGCUUGCUUCAUCUCGAAACAUCUCGCUUCCAUCUUUACCUCGUGAACCACUACCAACACACCUCUCGACCCCGUUUCCCGACCAAACCAUCGCCCAAUUCCUUUCUACCAAUAAUACCCUACAUUUUACACAACCUGCAGCUGCAGGACCAUCAGGAGGAUACCUCCAUCAUCUCCUUACAACUUACCAAUCCAAACAUGCCGAUAGUAUUAUUCAAUCCCAGAGAGGCCGCAACGCAGAUGUAGUUGAAUAUACUCUCGUCUCAGCAGCCGGUGAACCAAUCAUCAAAGCAGCGCGGUACUACGGGUUUAGAAAUAUCCAGAAUCUAGUUCGCAAGAUGAAGCCCGCUAGAGCCUCGAGACUACCUGGCUCAAGAGUCAAUGGUCCUGGAGCCAGGGCACGAUCUGCACCGGUGUCUAAUGGAAAGCCAGGUGCUCCUACACCCCCGACCGAGUUUUCUUAUGUUGAAGUUAUGGCUUGUCCAGGUGGAUGUACGAAUGGUGGAGGUCAGAUCCGACUUGAAGAUGCCAGACAGGCGAAUUCUUCACUGGCUUUGCCUGAAGGCAGUGCUUUGGAGCAGACUUCAAAACCAACGCCUCAUGAUCAACGGGCGUGGCUUGCUCGAGUUGACGAGGCAUAUUAUUCGGAUUCCUCGGAGGACGGUGGCCAAGUCGAUAAACCACAUCGUAUGUCUUCUGCUGGAGAGAUACAUUCCAUACUGAGGUAUUGGUCUGAUAUGCUUGGUGUUCCUCUCGAAGAUCUGGUAUAUACCACCUACCGUAAGGUGGAGAGCGAUGUAGGGAAGCAAAAAGGUCCAGCAGGAAGCAUAGAUACAGCUCGUGUUGCGGAGUUGGCUGGCAAGGCCGGUGGCGGUUGGUAA